AUGGCAAAUGAGAAAAAGCCUGUGUGUGAUGACAUUUUCAAAUAUCCAAACUUAAGAGUAAACCAUCUCAGGCAUUCACUAUCCAUUGCUAGUGACAAAAAAAUAGCAGAGGGACUGAAGAAGUCACUGCUUGAGUUGGUAAUUAAAGAUGAAAUGCUACCUUAUUAUAUCAAUCUUUGUACUCAGUUCAAUUGGACCCCAGAUGAAUCAACUGUAAAAUGUCUGGAAGAGAAGAACCAGAAAGUCCUUAAUAAUAUGACGGAGAAGAUUUCAUAUGCGGAGGAGCAGUUUGGAUAUGAGGAGGUGAAGGAUGCAAUUCAAGCCAAGGCUAAUUAUUACUGUAAAGUAGGAGAUAAGGACAAUGCCUUGACUGAAUACAACAAAUUGUUCGACAAAACUACAGGAAUAGGGUCUAAAAUGGAUGUAUUACUCGUCAUUAUAAGACUCGGGUUUUUUACCAACGAUAUACAGUUAGUGAAGAAGACGAUAGCCCGUGCUAAAGAGCAACUUGAAAAGGGCGGAGAUUGGGAGAGGAGAAAUAAAUUAAAGGUCUAUGAAGCCUUGCAAAUGAUGGUUUGCAAGAAUUUCAAAGGAGCGUUAGCCAAUUUCCUAGAAGCAAUACCCACUUUCACAGCCACUGAAUUAAUUUCCUAUGACAAUCUAGUUUUCUAUACUGUAUUGUUAUCUAUUAUCAUUUUGGAUAGAGCGGACCUUAGGAAGAAGGUACUGGAGAAUCCUGAUAUGAUAAAAGUAAUACCUCCCGGUUCGUUCCUAUAUAAAUUCGCCUCCAGUUUGUAUUCUUGCAAAUACAACGACUUUAUGACGUGUCUAGUAAAUGUAUCUGAGAUGAUCAAAAAUGACAUCUACUUUUCAAACUUCCGGAAAUAUUACAUACGACAAGCCAGAAUUCCUGCCUAUAGUCAAUAUCUAGCGCCUUUUAAGACAGUAGAACUUGAGAAUAUGUGCAACGAAUUCGGUUUCUCAAAGGAAUUCAUAGAAGAAGAUCUGGUGUCUUAUAUUUGUAGUGGUAAAUUAUUUUGCAAGAUUGAUCGGGUCAACGGAAUUAUCGAAAGCAAUCAUCCCAAUAGCAAGAAUUUACUCUAUGCAAACACCAUCAAACAGGGAGAUAUACUAUUAAAUAGGAUACACAAACUAUCCCGCCUAGUAGAUAUUUAA